CCCGAUAUACAAUCGUGCUGACUGCCGUUUGCUAACAAAUCUUCAUCGAUCAGGUCAAUGGCGUCCAGUUCAUCUUGUAUCUCUUUCUGGGACCAGAAACUCGGUAUGUUGGCAGCAAUGUCGACCCAAAUCAACCUGCGUGGAAGAGAGAGUAUCUUUCACUCCGUCGGAUCGACCCGACUCCUUUCUCGUGGUGGGAGUUCGUUAAGCCUCUUUCCAUGGUUAUGUAUCCCUCUGUUAUGAUCCCAGCCGCGGCGUACGCAAUGGUCUUCUUAUUGAGCAACGUGUUGGCCACCGUUGAAGUGCCAGAACUGCUCCAGGAAAAGUUCGAGCUGAACACCGAGCAACUCGGUUUGCAGUUCCUGGGUCCCAUUAUCGGCUCCGUCAUUGGCGAGCAAUUAGGAGGCACCCUGUCAGACGUCUGGAUGAACACACGAGCAAAGAAGAUCCAGCGGAAGCCCGAGCCCGAGCACCGUCUAUGGCUCAGCUACAUCGGCUAUAUCUGUUCCAUUGUGGGUCUGAUUGUCUUCCUUGUGUGCACUCAGGAAUCUGCGACAGGCCACUGGAACGUAGCACCUAUCAUCGGUAUCGCCAUUGGAGCCGGCGGUAACCAGAUUGUAACCACCGUCCUUGUCACGUACGCCGUGGACUGCUAUCCCACCGAAGCUGCCAGUGUCGGAGUGUGCAUCACGUUCGUUCGACAGAUAUGGGGUUUCUUGGGGCCAUUUUGGUUUCCGCCUAUGUUUGAAACAGUCGGUGUGGCAGCGAGUGCAGGUGUUGGGUGCGCUCUCAUCGUGGGCGUCAGUGUUAUUCCGACCCUGUUCCUUCACUUCAUGGGUCGGAAAUGGCGUCCGGACAUCCACACAUGAAUCUAAAGUUAGUAUUUGUCUCGAUAGAUGAUUCGGUCAGAUGCAUUAGAGUAUAGAAUAGACUGGGAAUCCUUGGGUGUGAAUU